AUGCAACACGUCCAUCAUCGUCCAUCAUCGUCAACCCCCCAUGGCACAAUGACACCCCGUUCCACUCGCCAGCCCCCGUCUGCACCUCCCCGCACAGGAAUCGUCGUCUUCUCGGGCGGCAGCGCAGCCAACAGCCUCGUCGACGUCUUCGAGCGCCUGCGGGCCGCCAACCACGCCUCCCUCAGCUACGUGAUCCCCAUCUCGGACAAUGGCGGCAGCACGAGCGAAAUCAUCCGCGUCUUCGGCGGCCCAGGGAUCGGCGACGUGCGCUCCCGCCUGGUCAGGCUCAUCCCCGACAACGACCUGCGCGAAACCGCGGCCAUCAAGCACCUGUUCAACCACCGCCUGCCCAAGACGUACCACGCAGCCCGGGCCGAGUGGUUCGAGAUGCUCGAGGCCACGCACCCGCUGUGGGUCGACAUCUCGUCCCCCAAGCGCGAACUCAUCCGCUCGUACCUAAACAGCUUCAACCUCGAGGUGGUCAAGCGCAUGCGGCCCAGCAGCCGCUUCGACUUCUCCAACGCCAGCGUCGGGAACCUCUUCCUCACCGGCGCCCGCCUGUUCACGGGCAGCUUCGAGGCGGCCAUCUACCUGCUCAGCUCCGUCUGCGCGGUGCCCGACGGCGUCUCCGUCCUGCCCGCCAUCAACACCAACUUUGCGCACCACAUCGCCGCCGGCCUCCGCGACGGCACCGUCAUCACGGGCCAGAACGACAUAUCUCACCCGAGCUACCCCACCGCUGCCGUGCCGGGCGUCGGCGUGAGCACCCGCGCCGCACCCCUGCCCGCGGGCCACGAAGCAGACCAUCACGAGCAGGUUGAGGAUGCGAACCUGCCGGGGUCGCUGCCCGCCCUGAGGAGACCGGCCAUUUCCUUCUCCAAGCAAGACGACGAGGACCUCCCUUCCAGGAUCGACAGGAUAUGGUACAUCAAUCCGUACGGGCAGGAGAUCCGCAUCCCCGCCAACCCUCGCGUCCUGGAUGCCGUCCACUCGUCCCACACCGUCAUCUACAGCAUAGGCUCUCUGUUCACGUCCCUGAUACCCAACCUGGUGCUCAGGGGCGUGGGAGAGGCCGUCGCCAACCCCGCCGUCCGGAACAAGAUCCUCCUCCUGAACGGCACGACGGAUCGCGAGACUGGUCCCUCGGACCAACCCUUGUCAGCCCUCGACUUCGUGGCAGCCAUCGCGAAUGCUUGCGCCGACUCCAGGGCGUGGCAGAAGCCUCGGGAGGACGAGUACUCGCUCUACGUCACGCACCUCAUCCAUCUCGAGGGCCCGACUUCGCCCAAAGUCGACAAGGCGCGCUUCGCCGAGCUAGGAAUCGACACAAUGCGCCUGUACGGGCCCAAGGAUGCCCACGGCCGCGGAGCAAGAUACGACUUCACGGCUUUGAGGCAGACCCUCGAGACGAUUGUGGGACGCCAGGACCUUCGGGCCGAGAGGAGCCGCAGGAACACUCUGGUGGGCUGA